UCCCAAUCAAACAAUGAGUAACACUCAAGACCUUUGAUAGAAAGGAAUAUGUAAUUUUACAUCAGUUUAACUUUUUUGUAAUCUUACUUUUGUUGAUUAGCUAACAUUGCUGACAUAAUAUCUCUUAUGACACUGAAACAAAAAAUAAAAUAUGACGAGAAUGUAUAAUCUGAAAUAGAGGAAGGUAGUGCCUUCGUUGAAGCCAGCUACAUGCAACCAGUCACAUUGCAUAGUGGUGGUUCCCUUGAUUCCAGAUGUUGGGAGGGGUAGACUUACCCAAACCUAGCCCAUCAGUUCUUUUUGUUCUUGCAAGAAGUGGCUGCCUUAACAAAAAAUGUGCCAUGCCAUGCUUUAAUGUGUUUUGAGAUGCUUUCACAUGCAAUUUUAUUUAUACACUUAAAACUCUUGAUUAACUUGAGAUUGUCAUAUAUCUGUUGGUAUUUUUGUCGCUGGAUUUUAUUUGGAGCAAUCCUGGUGCAUGCACGGUUUUUUGAGCUAAUGGUGUUCGUUCAGGAUGGGUAUAGAUCGUAAGGAUGUCAGAAUUGUUUGCCACUUUAAUAUUCCCAAGUCGAUGGAAGCCUUUUAUCAAGAGUCGGGUAGAGCUGGUCGUGAUCAAUUGCCCUCUAGAAGCGUGUUGUACUAUGGAACGGAUGACCGCAAAAGAAUGGAAUUUAUUUUAAAAAGUGCUGAAAGCAAGAAGUUGCAGUCCUCAGGUUCACAGGAUGGGUCCUCAAAGAAGUCCAUAGCUGAUUUCAAUCAGGUGGUUGAAUACUGUGAAGAGUCUAACUGCCGUAGGAAAAAGAUCCUUGAGAGUUUCGGGGAACAGGUGACUGCAUCAUUAUGCAGACGUUCAUGUGAUGCAUGCAAACAUCCACAUUUAGUUGCCAAGUAUUUGGAGGAGCUUAUGACUAGUGCUUUGCGCCACGGAAAUGGAUCCUCUCGAAUAUAUAUAAGCAGCUCCUCAAAUCUCAUUGACAAAGAACAAUUCUCCGAAUUUUGGAACCAUGAUGAUGACGAAGCAAUUGAAUCAGAGGAAGAUAUAUCCGACUCCGAUGAUGGUGUUGAUGUUGCAAAAACCCUGGCUCAGUCAAGCUUGCCAUCAAAAAGAAGAUUAAAUGAUCGGAUUAUGCUGCUGCAGCAUGCAGAAGAAAAAUAUUAUCAGAACAAAGUCCCUGACAAGCAGGUCAAGAAACUUGACAAGAAUGCCAUAUCUGAAACACUCAGGGAGUCAAGCAAGCAAAGAUUAUUAAAUGCUCUUAAGCAGAUCCAGCAGCAGCUCACCCAUGUACAGAUUGAUUUUGAAGCAUCUGCCACCAUUCUAGAAAAUGAAUGCCACAAGAAAUAUGGGAAAGUUGGAAAAUCCUUUUACUUAUCACAAGUGGCGAGUACAGUGAGAUGGAUUCCAACCGCAAACAUGGUUGAAUUAACCAAUAGGCUUGGCAUUGCUACCAGUCCUGCUUCCGAGCACAUAAGCUCGAAAACAAAUUCCUCUUUAAUGUCACCGACUAUGUUGGAUCAGGUAUCAACAGAAGUUAGUAGCGAAGAAGUCCAUGGCAGUGCUAGAUCAGAAACUCCUUCAAGCGCAUUGCAAAGCAUUUCCCAAGAUAUAAAGCUGCCUCCAGUCCCAUCUUUUUCGGAAUUUGUAAGCAGCAAAAAAUCUAAGGAAAACCAAACAUCCACAUCGAAAAAGCAGUCCUCCAACAGAGUUCCAAUGAAUCUGGAGAAGAGAAUGAGAUAUCAGUAAGUUGAAACUGAUACUACUUCUGUAUGUUUGUGUUUUGCAUGCACCUGAUCACGGGCAUACUUGUUACCUUUUCGUUGGCCCCAAGGGACAGCAUAGUUUCCGCAGCAAAUUCUUCUACAUAUGGGCUUCUUUUCUAUUUAUUGUCAAUCACCAAGGGUUCAUUCCUCCAUGCCUGUACAGUCAGAUAUAAAAAAUUAACAGUCACAGAUGAUAUCUGAUUUUACAUAGCACGUAGCCUUUUGUUUGUAGGCUGUUAAAUUUUGGUGAUGUCAAUGUAUUUUAUGGAUUUGGAUUCUCUGUUGUUUAGUUUUUUAACAGUAGGGGUGUUGUUUUUUAAAACGACAUUGUUUUACACCAACAUGACAUCUUUUUAUUAAAUAGAACGACAUCGUUUUGGUGUUAAACGACGUUGUUUUGAAGGAUAGCACCUCUGUUGUACACAAGAGGAUUUUGUUUAGAAUUUCCCAACCCAUCACCAUACCAGGCAAACCUUCACAAAAAUCCAGUAAUUUUUUGUAUUUCCUUCAAACACAACCUCCAAAGCCACCACCAACCCCCAAAACAUCACAGGGGUCUC